CUUCUUGAAAGGCUGUUGCUGUUGGGGUACGGAGGAAGCCAUUUUGUUUCGGUACGAGCGCUUGUCAUUGAAGUGGAAACUUGUUGCAAGUGCCGACGCUGUGGUCCAAGCUUUGCAGCCCCAUUUCUGCAUCAUCACCUCUGCUUGAGUCCGGCCGAGUCAGCCCAAGUCCGCCUGCUCCGAGCGAAGAGCUCGUUGGGGGCGGCAUUUCGUGAAGUGCGAGUGUGUGCCAGUGCGCAGGCCGUCAGGCCAAGUUUUCCUCCCCAAGUGUUCACCACACCCUGUAAAAAUAGGCCUGUCGGAUACUGCUGUUAUGGAUAUGAUGAUUUCUAACUUGCAACAACAAAGGCAAGUGACGGAACAGCUGCGGCGGGAGGCAGCGAUCAAGAGAAUCACCGUCUCACAAGCGGUACAUGACAUCAUGAAGUUCAUCUCGGACCACGAGCAGGAGGACUGCCUGGUGGUCGGGUUCAGCUCGGAGAAGGCGAACCCGUUCCGCGAGAAGAGCAGUUGUAUUCUUCUUUAGCAGGGUCUGCAGGUGUAAGCGACCAAUGACCAGUGGGCCCGUUUUCUGUUUCUCCUUUCAUCUGUCAUCCUCUUCGUUUCUCAUGUCACCACACCAGGCCCCACCCCUUGCCAAGUAGUUAGUGAUGGUAGUGUCAUCACUUGAGUGUGACAGCUGUAGGCCUUUUCCACUGUGUAACGAAUCUUAGAGGGGCAUUACUGUAUUUCGGCACCAUUGCAAAUUUGGAAGAAUCUGGCGUGUUAUGUAGUUCUUAUGAAAAUCAAAUUAACGACCAAUGACUGUCAUGUGUUGCACAUUCAUUUAUGUACAAACAGUACUGAAUUAUUAAAUAUUUAAUGAAUUUUAAUAUUUUGCAAUCGGCUGCAUUCAGACCAAAGUUAGGCUGUCUCUCCUAUUAUUAGUAGUAUGGAAUUUCUAUAUAUUUCUGGGCCUGCUGGUAUGUUUGUAUGAUUGUGGUCAUAAUACAUAUUUAUAUUUCUACUUAAGUUCUGUUUCUAUGUAUUUGUUUCUCUUAUCUAUGUGUUAUGCUCAGUUUAGUCACUGGCAUUAGACUGCCAGACCAUCAAUUUUCACCUUGUGUUCAGACAUUUCUAUUUUCUUCCCUUUGGUUCAAUCAAGAUUUAUCUGUUUCACUAAGCAAAGCUUAGCCUUUGAAUUUCACAAAUGUUGUUCAAAAUUUUCUCAUUAUUGCCAAAUUUGUGUACAAUACUUUAUAUUCCUGUUGAGAUGUUUCACAGAAAUUCUGUAUGAGGCUAUUUAUGUAAGUACCAUUGCUGUGUUCAAAUCCUCAAACCUCUGGCAACAAUUAUAAAAAAUGUAUGCUUUAAAUGUGCCUCCAAGAGAGGGUCCAAUGUUAUGCUUUUAGCUUUUAGCUCAGUACAUGAACCUUUCUAGGUAAACUUCAAUUUUAUUGCAUGCUUUAAUUCUUGGUAUUUUUAUCUGUCAAAUUCGUUGCAAAAGUAUUGGACUGUUAAGUAACAUUAUCCUCUUAUUAUGUUCGCUGUGCUGCUAUAGUUGAACUUUUGUAAUGCAUAUCAAUAGAAAGAGUAUUGGAAAUAGACCAUUUCCUGAAACCAAA